AUGCUGCUGACCCUCAAACCCAUAAAUGUUCUUAUUCCGUCGAGAAUAGUAUCCUAUAGACUGGGCGGGAGUGCCUUUCGGUUCUCCGUCUAUCCUCUGGUUAGAGGCUAUUCAGCGAGGGCUGAGAAAGCACAACGAUCAACUUUGAAAGACAAGAAAAAGGUGGAGGAUAGACUGCAUAGGAUCAUUGGCAAAUCAAAGAUCCUAUCGAGGCUCAAUAAGAACCCAAAAUUUGCAGGUUAUUUCGAUAGACUUUCUGAGGCAGGUGUAACUUCCACCGUUACAUCCUUUCUUGUUCUGCAUGAACUGACGGCAAUUGUCCCGCUAUUUGGCCUAUGGUGGGUGUUGUACCAGUUGGAUUUACCCGAUCAGUAUGAGCUGCCUUUGUACUUCACUGAUUUACUUGACCGCUGCGGCGAGGCAAUGGAAAAGCUAGUGGGCGACAAGUAUAGCGAAGGGCUUGAUAGAAAUAGGCUAAUAUUGGCCGGAGCUAUUUCAUACGCUUUGGUCAAAAUGCUGUAUCCAGUGAGAGUGCUUAUCAGUCUAUGGGCAGCUCCCUACUUUGGCAGAUGGCUCCUGUCGCCAAUUAACAUGUUAAGAAGUAAGAGCAGGAUUAAAGUCGGAUCCGGUAGCACCAGAGAGCCGCUGAAUAAAUAA